CAAGCCGGAAAGCGAUGAAUGUGUAUCAAAGAAGAAUUCCAGUUUGCAUUUUGGUCCGUCUGGUACGAACUUGAAAGUUAAAACUGCAUCAGCUGCAUCGCCGAGCUGCAUCGCUCUCUCCCAUGGAGGACGAGCUCCUACAAAGGGUUCUGGAAGAAGGAGGACGAGACCUUUACUUCUCUUCUCCCACCUCUCCUCCACCGGCAAAAUCCUCCUCCGCUGCCUCCGCUACCGUCGCUACCGCCUCUUCAACGUCCUCCAUCCUCCAGUCCCUCCCGCUCCACGUGUCCUUCGAUCAUGGCUACUAUCUCCUGGUGAAGGCCAUCCAGGAGCUUCGCGAGAAGAAAGAUGGUCGUGCUGUCACCGUUGGCAUCGGUGGCCCAAGCGGCUCCGGUAAGACUAGCUUAGCUGAGAAGGUUGCGUCGCUCCUCGGAUGUGUUGUCAUUUCCAUGGAGAACUAUCGCGAUGGAGCUGAUGAUGGGAAUGACCUGGAUUCAUUGGAUUUUGAUGCCCUGGUACAUAAUCUAGAGGAUUUGGUGAAGGGGAAGGAUACACUUGUUCCUUUGUUAGACUUCCAAGGGAAGAAACGUCUGGGUAUGAGACCAGUAAAGAUAUCUCCAUCAGGGGUGGUGAUUGUUGAUGGAGCUUAUGCUCUGCAUUCAACUCUUAGGUCACUGCUAGACAUCAGGGUUGCUGUGGUUGGAGGUGUUCAUUUUAGCCUCCUAUCCAAAGUUCGUCAUGAUAUAGGAGACUCGUGCUCACUGGACUACCUCAUUGACAGUAUUUUUCCUCUUUUCAGGAAGCACAUUGAGCCUGACCUCCAUCAUGCCCAGAUCAGAAUCAAUAAUAGCUUUGUUUCAUCCUUCAGAGAUGCUUAUUAUAAGCUGAAGUGCAGAAGUGAGUCCCUUAAAGAACACAUAACGUACUUUUCUGAUCAACAUAAAGUGGAAACUGAGAACUUUAUUGAGAUGUAUCUUCGUCCACCUUGUGCAAGUGAGGAAGCACGGAUAAAUGAUUGGAUAAAGGUUCGACAAUCUGGUAUAAGAUAUUAUCUUUCUCUGGGUGACCAGAGGAUUGUUGACAAGAACUUUAUUAUUCGACCAAAAGCUGAGUUUGAGGUACACCCAAUGUUCAUAACUCAUUUGCUUGCAUUAGGAUACAAUGUUGUAGUCAGUUUCAAACGUUCUUGUACAGUGAUUGCUGAUGGUCAACUGCUUAUGGCAUUAGAAAGCAUCGACACACUCAAUGAGACAUUCCUGGUAUUGAAGGGUACAAGCAGAAAGGCAAUUUGGGAAGAAGCUUUCAGACUUGGCAUAAAAGGUCCGUGGUUCACAAAAUCAUAUUUGGAAAUGAUUCUGGAAAGCAAAGGUGUUCCUCGUCUUAACACUCCACCACCUUUAUCUAGUAAGCUUUUAAUUGAGAGUCAGGAAAGGUCCAUUGCUGCUCCUAAGCCAAUUCGUGUAUCUAGGAAUGUUGUUCCUAGGCUAGAGGACAUUGCACAGCCAUGGACUCGAUCUCCGAAGAAGUCCGACAUUGACGAUGUGGCAGCAACAUGGAAUUUUAUUUCAGAUUCUUCUGCUUUCAGGGGUAACAUGCAACUUGUUCCAAUGCCUGGUUCCUAUAAUUUUGAUCGGGGCUUGCUUUUUGCUGUGCAAGCAAUUCAGGGUUUGCUGGAGAAGAGGGGCUUUCCUAUUAUUGUCGGGAUUGGUGGUCCCAGUGGAUCUGGCAAAACUAGUUUGGCUCAGAAGAUGGCUAAUAUUGUUGGCUGUGAAGUAGUCUCAUUGGAGAGUUAUUAUAAGUCUGAACAAGCAAAAGACAUGAAGUAUGAUGAUUUUAAUUCAUUGGAUUUGUUACUGUUAUCAAAGAAUAUUGAAGAUAUUAGGAAACACCAUAAAACAAAGGUUCCCUGCUUUGAUUUUGAGAAUUGUACUCGGAAUGGCUUCAAGGAACUCCAAGUUUCUGAGGAUUGUGGAGUGGUCAUUUUUGAAGGGGUGUAUGCAUUGCAUCCAGAAAUAAGGAGAUCUCUUGACUUGUGGAUUGCUGUUGUUGGCGGUGUCCAUUCUCAUCUUAUUGCAAGAGUUCUAAGAGACAAGAACAGAAAUUUUUGUUCACUAUCUCAGGAUGAAAUAAUGAGAACAGUAUUUCCAAUGUUUCAGCAGCAUAUUGAGCCUCAUCUUGUGCAUGCGCAUCUAAAAAUUCGCAAUGACUUCGACCCCGUACUUUCUCCCGAAAGCUCACUUUUUGUUCUGAAAAGCAACAAACAGGUUGUGUAUCAAGACAUACUGAAAGUGCUCGACCCAAACAAGGUUUGCACCUCCAUGCAGAACUUUAUUGAUAUAUAUUUAAGACUUCCUGGAACACCAUCUAAUGGGAAUCUGACAGAAAGUGAGUGCAUAAGAGUUAGAAUAUGUGAAGGAAGAUUUGCUUUGUUGAUACGAGAGCCCAUUAUUGAAGGAAACUUCAUUGUACAGCCAAAAGUUGAUUUUGAUAUCAGUGUCAGUACAGUUGCAGGUCUUCUGAAUCUUGGGUAUCAAGCUGUGGCUUAUAUUGAAGCGUCUGCUUUAAUUUACCAAGAUGGAAAGAUCCUUGUUGAGGUUGAUCAUUUGCAAGCUGCACAAAGCCCCUAUCUCCAAAUUAAAGGAGCAAAUAAAGAAGUUGUGAUGGCUGCUGCCACCAUUCUUGGUUUGGAUGGUUCAUACACCACAAAAACAUAUCUUCAAAUUAUCCUAGAAAGCCUACCAUCUUCUGAAAGAAGCUCCAACGGAAUUCAUUGUCAACAAGCUGCUAGGCUUCAAGAACUUGUGGAAUUUAUUCAAUCCCAAGGAGGGAGCUUCAGCAUAGAGUCUUCACCAAGUAGAGAAAUUCUGCCCGUGGAUAGUGCCAUUGAAGACCUGCAAUAUAGGAUAAAGAAACUAGAGAGAUGGUAUACGAUUGAUUUGGUUUUGUGGACCUUCGUUUUAUCAGCCCUUAUUGGCUAUUCUUUGUAUAAGAGGGGACGCCAUUAAAAACAUUC